AUGAGUUCUAGCCAUAAAAAGGGGCAGCCAGCAAUGCUCAAGCCACGGCCUCUGGGCCUAAGUCAAGGUUUAGCUGAGUUGUACAUGGAAGAGCUACUCUGUGAUGCCACCCUCGUCGCUGAUGGACAUAGGUUCCCUUGUCACAGAGCACUGCUGGCAGCCAUCAGCCCGUACUUUCGGGAUAUUUUCAUCAGUACCUGGGAAGAGUCCAAUGGGAAAGAGGUUCUGCUAAAGGAUGUGGCCCCAUCCGUUGUCGAAAGCAUUCUUAAAUACAUCUACACAGAGGAAAUAGCACUCACACUGGAUCUGGCCCCAUGCCUCUUUGCAGGAGCGAGCCAACUACAGAUUGUUCCUCUCCAGAACAUCUGCUGUAGGUUCCUUGUGAUGAACCUCUCUGUGCAGAACUGCUUUGAGACGUAUCGUUUGGCUCACGCCCAUAAGAACCGCGCCCUGCUUUACGCCGUCAUACAGCUCCUCAUCAAGAACUUUGACAGGGUCUUUGAGGAACGUGAGUUCCUCCAUCUGGAGCUCAGCACACUUGUCACCCUGAUAUCCUCCAGUGACCUUGCCGUGGCUUCUGAAUUCAGCGUCUACCAGGCCGUGCGGCGCUGGGUGCAGGGACAACCCGGCAAGCGCAACCCCCUGCUCAGGGAGCUGAUGCAACAUGUCCGCCUCCCGCUCUUGAGCUUGGAGGAGCAAGACAAGCUCCAGAGCGACUUGGACCAGUGGACGGACCUCAAACUCGAGUGGGAACUGCUGGACGGGGAGGAGAGGUUGCGCCAGAGUAGGGGCCUCCGGCAGGGCAUGUACAAGCCGCAUAUUCUGUGCGUCGACACCCAGAUGUGUGAGUACCAAGAGUUGGAGGCUGAAGAGGCGCACAUGGGCUGCUACGAUCCUCAGGCUGAACUGUGGGAGAUGCUUCCUGGCUUGCACUCCUUGACGCAUGCUUGCUGCGCCUCAGCUGGUGACAAAAUCUAUGUCUCCGGAGGCGCUUAUAGGAAUUCUUACUCUACGGCCGUCUAUGAAUUCAGCUCUUUCAACAGCCAGUGGUUGGAGCUACCCUCCAUGGAUGUGCCCCGGGCCGCGCAUGGCUUCCUGUUCCACAGCCAGAAGCUCUUUGCCGUGGGGGGCUGGUGCAAAUUCCAGAGCUUUCUUAACUUGGCUGAGUGCUUUGAUUUCGGGACAGGGGAGUGGGCUCCCAUGGCCAAGCUUCCGUUUGCCCUGAGCCACCCGGCUUCAAGCGUGUUCCGCAACAAGUUGUACUUCCUCGGUGGCGCGACGGGCAUCUCGAGCCAUUGGCUGUUCCACAGAGGGUUCCUGAUCUACGAGGUCAGCUGUGACACAUGGACUCGGGUACCUCUGGCUACUGGGUUCUUUGCCGCAGGAGCAGUAGCCAUGGACAAUGGGAUCUGUGUGGUCGGAGGAUACUCUGAGAAGAAGACCCGGGACUGGGUAGACGGGGCCCUCGUACCGGAGAACCGCCACAGUUCCCGCAGGUGCAUAUUUGUCAACGAGGCUGGCAAGGUGAGCCACGGCAUCGUCACCCCCAAAUUGCCACGGGGGAUUGCCAAUGCAGGAGUGGUCCGCUGCGGCAAACGGAUCUAUGUCCUGGGUGGGGAAGACUUAACCCAGCGCUACAAAACGAUUUACCACUGGGCACCCGGCGAGCCCCGUUGGCAUCGGUCCACUGCAGAAAUGCCGGUGCCCCGGGAAGGCAUUAGCAGGUUCGGCUGUGUUACCCUGAUGAGGCCCAAAGCUCACAUCCUUCAGCUUUUCCAGGUUGCCUCUCUUGUCCCAGUGGCUGUCAUCAGCAAGUAG